AUGUCCGAUAACAAAAAAGAAGCUAUCAGAUUCGGGAUUGAAAAGCCUAUAAAUGAAAUAGUAGAACACUUGGAUAAUGUUUCAAAUACAUUCAAUGAAUUUAAAUCAAUUAUUGAGCAAACGAUCCAAGGUCCAGAUUCUGUAAAACUCUUCUAUUCGAAACUAAAAUGGCAUAGUAAACUUAUUGGAUAUAAUAAUAACGAAGUCUUUAUUAAACAGCAAUUUCUUCGUGGAUUAUCACCCGAGAAUCAGAUAGAAGCUAGAAGAUGUGGAUUGGAACUUCCAUUAGAUGAGCUAGAUUUGGACGACGAGAUCGAUCAAACUCCUUCUGAACUAAAAUCGGUAAUUUUUGACAUAACAGACAACGAAGAUGAGUCAUAUUUAAGUGAGUUGUCCGGUUAUUGCGAAGAACAAAUAAUUGAAUUAUUUACAGGAGAUAAUGGCGCGUCAGAAUCAAACUAG